AAAAAGAUCUAUAAUAGUUUUCGAGGGAGGAAGGGAACAAUUUUAGUUAAGGCGGAAUUAGGGUUCGUCAUGGCUUCAUCGAGUAGAAAAGACUACGAAAUCAUCAGUGAUCCGUUAAAUCCUAGAUGCGUGGUUGCAUGCUUUAACUACUCUAUCUUUGGAGAAGUGACCGAGGAGGAUAAACUUCUGUUGGAGAGGAUCAGAGGGAAAGAGGACAAUACGAGUCCAAAGUACACAGAUCAGGAGGAGCGCAAUCUCAUCAACAAACAGAUCAGGAAGUCACAGGGAUUUGACGUGGACUUUUCCAAGUUCCGAUGCCUUUUCGAUUUCUACCCUUCGUUUCUUGAUGAAUGCCAUUCAACCUUAAUAACAGAAACCGAUAGGCAGUUUUUCGGAAGAUUGGCUCAGGAUUCCAUUGCAGAUUACAACAUUAGAGAGGGGACCAGUUUUGAAUUUGUUGAGGUCGAGAAAACAAAUCUGUACAGGAAUAAAGGGUACAUUUACUUCAUCACAUUUGUAGCCAAGGAUCCUUGCGACCAGACCAAAGUCUUUCAAGCUAAGGUCUGCAAUGUCUUAUGUAGAGAGAUUGAGCACAGUUUCUGCAGGCUCAAACCCGGUCAGAAAGGAGAAUGCAAUGAAGAUUCUAAGAGAGUUAUGAAGAAACCAAAGUGUAACACAAGAUCGAACAAGGGUGUCAUUACCAAUGUGUCUUAGAUAAUGCAUCAACCAUUGUCGGAGAUAUUGUCCUAUUUGAUGGGAAUUAUGUCCCUUUUAUAUGUUAUCAUAACUUUAUGUAUGACUUUUCUAGGACCAACUACUAAAAUAUAAAAAAUUUAUCCAUUUGUUUUCUGUUUUCUCACUUUCUGGUAUCUUCUUUUUCCAAACAUGCUUUCUUAUUUGUAUCCAAACCUAUAAUCGUAACAAACGGCAUUUGAGCUCAUAAUGAUGGGCCCAAUAGAUAAAUAAGCAAAUUCUUCCAAACAGACGUCUGAGCGCAAGAGCCUUUUCUACGAAUUUGUAUUUUUAUUUUAUUCUGAUUAACCAAAAAAAAUCAUUUUGAGUUUUGUUUUACUACUGGAAUAUACAUGCCUAGAUUAAUUUAAAAUAAGUAAAUUGGAUCGAAAAAAGCUUAGCAUAUGAUAUGUUAACUGGUCAAAAUCCAAAUCAGUUCCCUGGUGCGCAAAUGACUUUUUUUCACGAUCAAAUUUUCUUCAUGAAUUUGCUUGUUUGAAACAAGAAAGGGUCUUCAAGUUUAUGAAUCUAAGUCACAUUUGACUGAAUUGUUUUUAAAUUGCAAAAUAACACAUACUUUCACUUGUCAAAAGGUUAGGAAAUGAAUAUAUGUAAAUUGGUUGUCAUAAAGAAAAGGAACAAAAUGAAGAUGCUUACAAUUUAGAGAUCACAACUCAUAUGGAUUUGGGGACAUCGAAUGAAUUUAUGUAUUACGCAUGAGUUGUGUUUACUAUUAUCGUUUUACACUGAAUAUGUUUUUUCUUGCUCUGUUUUGGAUAUGCCGUUCUUCAGUUUGAGCUUUUUGUAGAUAAAAUGGUAUUAAUAAAAAAAAGUUUAUCAUAUCACCACUUUUUUUGUAACUGACCACAUAUUCUCUAUGGUUUUCUUCCAAUGAAAAGCAUCGAGUCGACAUAUAAAAAUACCACGUACAUAAUAGAUAAUAUACUUGUGAACAUAUACCAAGCUUACAACCAACUUUAGACGCUGAACACAAACGUAGCUUUGACAGCAUGAAACAAAUAAAAGGGAAAACUUUUAAACCUUAAUUGUGUAGAAGUAGAACAAAAGAUAAUUUAGGAUAAUGCAAUCCUCAAUUGUGGUUAUCCAAUCCAAUGAAUCAUAGGAGGAGAAGAAACAUUUUUUUUUUAACGAACCAAACUAAAUGGUGACCAAGUGAAUGAAAAGAUAAUUUAGGAGGAGAAGAACCAAACUAAGGUUUUUUUAUUUUAUUUUUAAAAAUCAGUAAAACAAAAUUACAGAUUUUAAAUGGUGAUCAAGUCAAUGAAUGAAAAUAAAUUUCCUUAAAAUUACACUAUUUAUUUGAAUUUUUCAUAUGAUUCCCUUCCAUUCAUCCUUUUUUGUAUAAAAAAAAUUAUAGAACUAAUACAUUUCUUAUCAAAUUUGAUAAGAAACAAUUGAUAACAUAUAUUCUUUUUCAUUCUUAUUAUUUUGUUUUCUUUCAUUCUUUUUAUAUUCAUUUCUAUUGUUAGUUUAGAGCCUACAAUUUUAGUUAAUGGGUUCAAAGUUAACCAAAUGAUAGUUCGGAAGUUUUCAUUAAAUUACAAAAGCUAAUUAUGGUGUACGAUCUCUUAAAUAUAAAACUUUGGGGGCUUUAGUGCUAUUAACUGUAAAAUGCGAAACCAAAAUUAAAAAAAAAAAAGAAGUAUAUAGAUUUUGAGAAGAACGGGGAUCAAUUAGUUUCAAAAAAAAGUGUAUAGAUUUUGAGGAGAACGGGGAGCAAUUAGUUACGUCGGAAUUAGGGUUUGACAUGGCUUCAUCGAGUAGAAUAGAUUACGAAAUCAUCAGUGAUCCGUUCAAUCCACAAUGUGUGAUUGCAGGCUUUAUACCUCUCUGGAGAGAUAACGAGAAGGAGAAGCUUCUGUUGGAGAGGAUCCGAGGGAAAGAGGACAAUACGAGUCUAAAGUACACACCACAGGAGGAGCGAGAUCUCAUCAAUGGACAGAUAAGGAACUCGCAGGGCUUUGACGUCGAUUUUUCCAUGUUUCGAUGCCUUUUCAAUUUCUACCCUUCCUCUCUUGAUGAAAGCCAUUCAACCUUAAUAAGAGAAACCGAUAGGAUCUUUUUCGGAAGAUUGGCUCAGGAAUCCAUUGCGGAUUAUAACAUUAAAGAGGGGACCAGUUUUGAUUUUCUUGAGGUUGAGAAAGCAAAUCUAUACAGGAGUAAAGGUUACAUUUACUUCAUCACGUUUGUAGCCAAGGAUCCUUGCCACCAGACCAAAGUCUUUCAAGCUAAGGUCUGCAAUGUUUUCUGUAGAGAGAUUGAGCACAGUUUCUGCAGGCUUAAACCCGGUCAACAAGUAGAAUGCGAUGAAGAUUCUAAGAGAGUUGUGAAGAAACCAAGGUAUAAUACAAGAUCGAACAAGCGUGCGGAUGUCGGAGAUAUAUUAAGGGAUUGAUUUCCUAUUUGUAGGACAACUACUAAAAUAUAAAAAAUAAAUUAUCCAUUUGUUUUCUGGUGUCCAGACGUUUCCAUCUUAUGAUGAUGAUAGGAUCAUAGGAUACCAGCCAA